AUGAAUCAAGAGAAGUUUGGAUUGUUGGUCAGACUGGCUGACAGCUAUGAGAUCGAUGCCGAACAACCUGUCAAUGUCGAGGCAUUGUGCCAGGUCUGCAAGGACAUACUCAAUAUUACUACAACUGAUACCCAGCCAGCAGGAUUGGUUGAUAAUGUAGCUCAACUGCUCAACACCUCACAAUCAGAGAGUGUUGACAAGAUACCGAUGCGUGUUGUUGUCCAACAGUCCAUCCUAUACCUGCUCUACCAUGGACUGAACCAAGCAGACUACGACCGUGUGUUCAACUGUUGUAGCACGUUGGCCAAUCAGAUUACACAGGACCAACUCGCACUACUUGGCAAGAUCACCAACUCCAUUGUCACUCAACCAUCAAUCACCAUUAUACCAAUAAUGACACAAGAGAACUCAACUCGCGUUUCCAAUCAAGGAACCAAAUUCAUCGACUACACAAUGGCGAUUGAGAGUGGCGCAGAUCAAGACCAAUCUCAACCAAUGCAGGGUGUGGAGACGACUACCUCCUUGCCAUCACCAUCAUCGACAUCUGCAACAACAUCGACAUCGACGACUACGUCAAAUGUAGCACCAUACCAUCCUUAUGCACAGCAUACAACAAAGGGACUGUGCAAACUCAAAGGUUGUCUUAAGCCAGUCCACGACGUUGACCAUGACUUCUGUGGAAGAACUCAUGCUCAGCAGUACAUGGACACCUUCUACCUUAUCGAGGACGAGAAUAUGACGACAGAUAUUACCAACAAGGUCAAGGACCCAAACACUUGCAAGUUGGCCGGUUGUGACAAGCCAGUGGCUCCUGGUGGCCACGAGACAUGCUCUCGCACUCACCACCACCUGUAUCAGACAAGUCUCAACCCUGUGGUACUCAAGACAAGACUGACCUGCAAGAUGCCAGACUGUAACAAGGAUGUGCAACCAGGUCACGAUUACUGUACGCGAACACAUGCCAAUGAGUUCUUGAGCACACUGACUCAGGGACAGGCUAAUGUUGUUGUGGUUGUUCCCAUUGCUCCUGCUGUACCCGCCGCGGCGCCUACAACAUGCAAGCUUCCUGGUUGCAACAAGGCUUUGUAUCCUGGUUAUGAGUUCUGCACACGUUCGCAUGGUCAGCAGUUCCAACAGGCGUUAUUGUUGUCUCAGAUACAGCCAAGCAAUGUGGUCACAACACAGACCAUUCAAUCACCUGUUGUUGCUCAGCCUCAGCUUGGCAAUGGCACACAACAACAGCAGCAGCAGCAGCAGCAACAGCAGCAGCAAUCUCAGGUGCAGGCCCAAUCACAGCCUCAGGCACCCGCAACAUGCAAGCUUUCUGGAUGCUCACAACCAGUGUUUGCUCCACAUGAGUAUUGCUCUCGUGGCCAUGCUCAGCAACAUCAAAGCAGCAAGCAGACAUCAACAAAAUCAACGGCAUCAACAUCGACAACGAAUGCCGCCACCUCAUCCCCAACACAAACAACAACAACACCGCCUGCUGCUGCUGCACCGCCAAAGUCAAUGACACCAUCAACCUGCAAGAUAGCUGGCUGUAACAAUCCAGUAUUCGGUCAAUUCGAGUUCUGCUCCAAGAAUCAUGGAAGGCUUUACAAGUCCCAAUCCCAGGGUCUUACUGCUGCCAACAGUUCAACAGGUCCAGUGGCUACUCCGCCUGCACAACCAUCAGCACAACCAGCAGCAAAACCAACGGCACAGCCAACGGCACAGCCAGCCACUACGUCUACGAGUACGACCACCACUCCAACUUUGACGACAUCGACCAACAUAUCUCAAACCUGCAAGUUGACUGGAUGCACCAAGCCUGUAUUUUCUCCACACGAAUUCUGCUGUCGCACUCAUGGCCAACUGCAUGCCGGUGGCCAGUAG